ACAGCAGUUCAUAGAUCAUGGGAGGGGAGAGGGCGUGAGAACCAGCCGCGUGUUGAGCAGAUUAGACCACAGGGAGAAAGUGCCGGGUUCUCAGAGAGAGAGAGGAGCGGGAGCGAACGCACCGAGCCCCGGCACAAUGUCCAGGGAUUCUCCGCUGGCCGCGCACCAGAGCCGGACCUACUGCACCCUAGUCCGAGAUGCUUCAGUACCUACCCCAGCGGGAGCACACACUCACCUGAUCCGGGCUGGGAGCGCUGAAAGGCGGCACAGGAUCCCGAUCGAACCGCAGGGAGAGACGGAGGGCGAUAGAAACUUCUUCCGGGCAGACUUGUGGCAGAGGUCUGGCUCUGACCAGCUCAGUAUGACUCGUGACACUUUCCGCCAAUACCUGCAACAACGCCCUGACCAGACAGUGCUGAUUCUACACGCGAAGGUUGCUCAGAAAUCAUAUGGAAACGAAAAGAGGUUUUUCUGUCCACCACCAUCUGUCUAUCUAACUGGUCCAGGAUGGAGACUCAAACAUGAGCAACUGAAAUUGUGUGGUCUCAACGAAUCCAGCUGUAGACUCUGUGGGUACAUGGGGUUGGAUGGCAUUACCAACAGUCAAGAAGCUGCAAUGAAGAUCAACUUUGAAGAACAGCCCGACUCCAAGAAAUUCGGUUGUGCUAAAGCGUUGUACAUAUCUGACGCUGACAAACGCAAACACUUUCGGAUUGUUUUCAGUCUCUUCCUUGGAACUGGCCAAGAGGUUGGCACCUUCUACAGUAAAUUCAUCAAGGUUAUUUCAAAGCCAUCCCAGAAGAAGCACUCUAUUAAGAAUGCAGACUUAUGUAUCCCUUCAGGCUCCAAGGUGGCUUUGUUCAAUCGUCUGCGAUCUCAAACAGUCAGUACACGGUACCUGUGUGUGGAAGGAGAGGAGUUCAUUGCUAGUGCCAGGCAAUGGGCAGCAUUCACGCUGCAUCUGGCAGAGAACGACCAAUGUCCAAGAGGUGAAUUCUGUCCUGGGGAUGGAUACAUCCGAUAUGGAUCAGCUGUCAAAUUAGUAUGCACUACAUCAGGAGUGUCCUUACCAAGCAUGAUCAUUCGGAAGGUGAAUAAGCAGUAUGCAGUGCUGGAUGUGGAUGAACCUGUCUCUCAACUUCACAAAUGUGCCUUUCACAUCAAGGACACCAACAGGAUGUAUCUGUGUCUCUCCAAUGAGAACAUCAUACAGUUCCAGGCAACCCCUUGCUCUAAGGAUGUCAAUAAGGAAGUACUGAAUGAUGGUGCAUGCUGGACAAUCAUUGGCACCGAGACUGUAGAAUACACAUUUAGUGAGAGCUUGGCACAACUUCACAUGCCUGUCACUCCUAUUCCCAUCAUCAGCAGCCUUGAGCUGAAUGGAGGAGGUGAUGUAGCAAUGCUAGAAGUACAAGGAGAGAACUUCAGCCCAAAUUUGAAAGUGUGGUUUGGUGAUGUGGAGGCAGAAACUAUGUACAGAAAUCCCAAAUCGGUGAUCUGUGUGGUGCCUGAUAUCUGUGCAUACAGCAGUGAAUGGCGUUGGCUCCGACAGCCUAUCACGGUUCCCCUCUCUCUGAUAAGAAGUGACGGAAUCAUCUUCUCCAGCACCUUCACUUUCACCUACACCCCAGAACAGGGCUGCCUUCCCAGGCAGGCAGUGAUCCGAGAGAUCCCAGAGGAAUCUGACAACUUCCUGAACACCAUCCAUCAGGAGUUCACUCGCACCAAUUUCCACCUCUUCAUGCAGAGUUAAGAGCCUGCGAAACACCAGUCCUCUACUGCCCAUGUGCUAAUAUCCACCAGGAUCCGUUCACCUCUGUGAAUGCUGAUUUACAAAGGCUCCCGGUUUAGCUAUCCUAGAUUUAAACAUUCUCGUCAUUGUUUGGGUUUUAAUCUGGAGUCUUGUGACUCCAAUCUCUCCUCAUUCACCUUUACUUUUCCAGGUUACAGUGGGAAUAACCAGCUUUCAGUGGGGGAAACUCAAGGGAAGCAAUCAAAUCAAUGAAUUCUUAUGAAACAAAUGCAA